AUGGCACUGACGUCCUGGUUCAGGUGGAAUGAGCCCAAUUUAAGACUUUCCCAGAGGAAUCCGGCAGACAUGGUGGUGGAGACCUUAAUGAUGGAGCUGAGCUGGCAGAUGAAACAGGCCGAGAAGCAGCAGCGAGAGAAGGAGAACGAAUAUAGGAAGAUUAAGACGGGGGUGGACUACAGCUGGCUGGUCAGUUACCCCAAGCACAGCUAUGACAUCAGCCCGGUGGAGAGGCUACAGCUGGAGGACUCAUGUAGCACAAUCCAUCCGUCGUACUGCGGCCCAGUCAUCCUCCGAUUUCGACAAAUGGUUGCAGAGUAUGAACCAGAGGUGCAGGAGGUUCCACGUCUCUUCCGGGCGGUUCUUCAAGAAGCUUCUGAGAAGAUAAAAGAAGAAGAGGAUGCAAAGAAACUUGCAAGGCAGUGGAACACAAAGAGGGCUAUGAGCUUGUCCCUCACCACCUUCAAGUCCCGGGCCAGGAUCUACCCAUUCAUGAGUGACAUUAAGACCAUCUCUGAGGAUGUGGAGCGGGAAGUGGAGCCCACUCGCAGGGUCUGGAGCAUGCCAGAGUUCAGAACCACCAAAGAUGACUAA